UAUCGGUCCCAAGGCUUCAACAUCCACAAACUCCGGCCUAGACCUCCACCCCUCUACCCAUGAAGAGCAAAAACGAUCAGGGGUCACCUGCCACCCGUAGAAAACACACCAACUCCAAACUCGGGUGUUUGAACUGCAAGAAGAAGAAAAUCCGCUGUGAUGAAAGCUUGCCUGAAUGCAACAACUGUGCCAAAGGUAAGAAAAACAAGUGCUCCUACUUGUCGUUGUCGGCCAAAGAGGUCAACAAGAUCCUCUUGACCCACUCCUUAAGAAGCUCUCAGAACAAGUUGUUGAGUUCGGACUAUCGACUUCCUACCUCCAACCGAGGAGACUUACAAGGAUACCAGGAACUUGAAUUCAAACACGAGUUGGACGACUUGCCCAUCCGAAUUCCCAGCUUCACGUACCCGCCGUUGCAGUACAAAACUGUGAGUUAUAAGGACAUCGAGAGCGAUUUCAAGGAUGAGGAGCCAGGUUCGGGCUCGGAUCAGAACUAUGGGUCUGCUGAACCGGUGCCCCAGCCGGUGGAUGGGGCCAAGGGCCUCCCCAACGCCAUCACGGGUAUCACCAGGUUCCAACGAGUGCCCCACAAGAUUCAUAUUGUUCCUCAGAUCAAGAUCAAUGAGUACCAGUUUACAAAAGUCACGCUCGUGGACUAUUUGCUACCCAAGUUUUUUGAACAACCACCCAAGUACAUUAGUAUUUUGAAUGAUAUGACCAUCUGCCUUGGUCAGCUGGUGGCGUUGUUCGAGUUAAAGAAGUUGCGACCGCUUGGCGACCCAUGUAUCGGUAUUUUGACAAAGAAGUGCUUUGAAAACCACAGCCGGUGCUUGACCGAACUCAGAAUUAAGUUGACUGAGUUCAACCGUACCAGCACCUUGCCACCACUGGCGGAACGUGACGAAUA